AUGGGGUUUUCGGGGGCCAACGGCUCUCAAGGACCGACCGUCGUCGGAAUCAGUCUGGCUUUUGCAGUCUUGACAUUCAUUGUUCUAUCACUGCGACUCUUUGCACGCAUCUAUGUUCUGGGCAAGAUGGGUCUCGAUGACUAUCUCAUUAUCUGCGCUUGUAUCUUUGCAUGGGCCUUUAUUGCGGUCACUAUCGUCGCCGUCGAACACGGACUAGGUCAACACAGAAAGUUCGUGGCCGACUCUGAACUCGUCCGAUAUGCAUUCUUCGUAUGGCUAAGCUCGAUGUUCUACCUUGCAUGCCUGGGCUUCAUCAAAACAUCUGUGCUAUGGUUUUAUACACGCUUAGGCGACCGUUUCCUCACCCGGCUAUCGUACGUGAUGAUGGCCGUCAUUGUAUGCCAAGCAACAUCAUUUGUUCUUGUCGCAGCCUUUCAAUGUCAGCCCAUCAGAAUGGCCUGGACUGGAACCGGCCCUGGAAAAUGCGUUGAAAUCAACAUAUUUUAUCUCGCAAACGCCGCACUGAACAUCUUGACCGAUCUUCUCACCUAUACUCUCCCUAUUCGAGUCAUCUUCAAGCUUCAAAUGCCGCAAAAGCAAAAGAUCGCUCUGAUUUUCAUUCUUUGUCUGGGUCUCUUUGCGUGUGUCUCCUCCAUCAUUCGAAUCACUUACAUUCCUUACAUGCUCACUUCGUCGGACUCCACAUACGCAAUCAGUGGCGCCAUGUACUGGUCCGUCAUCGAGACCAACAUUGGCAUUUUUGCCGCCUCUAUUCCUUCAUUUAAAGCGAUUGCCUCUCGAUUCCUCCCUCGCUUCAUUGGCGAAUACUCCAGCGGCCGAAAAUAUGGUGCCUGGUCUGGAACACCCGGGACCCAUCGCUACGGCUCUGGAUUUGCCAAGGUUACCGAUCCGAACAAUAUCACUAUGGGUACGCUCAAUUGUGGCAGAGAUGACAUCGGUAUGGGCACGCAAAUCGGCGCUACGGUUGCGGACAAUUCCAGCGAAGAGCGCAUCAUCAUUCCCGACGGCAAGAUCUUCACGCAAACCGAGAUCGAGACGACGGUGGAAUCGAAUCAUGAGUAUCACUCCUCGAUGGAGCAGAAUCACCGAACGAAGAGAUAUUAA